CCAAAAUAAGAAAUACCGAACCGUACCGAAAUACUUUGGUACGGUAUUUGGUAUACACAAUUGAUAAAUCGAAUACCGAAAUACUGAACAGAAAUUCUUAAAUACCGAACCGAAGUACCGAAUGCCCACCCUUGUCCAAUCGUGGAUUGUUUAGUUUGAUCGACUACCUUAAUUCAGUAGGCAAAGAACUAGUGAUGGAAUUUUGCAGAUGCCUUGAACUUGAACUUUAGUGCCUAGACCUCAGAAGUAAGGAGAUGGAAAAUUGGAUGUUCUAGGGCUACGAGUUUUAGCUGAUGGGCUUUGGGAAUAGAGGAAUCGUUGGUGACAAAUGGUCAGGAAGGCUUUUAUGGGUCUGUGCAAUUGGGAGUGCAAUUGGCUUCUAUAUGGUUGCUGUGGAAAGACAAAUGCAGAAUAGAGAAAAGAUGAUGGCUGAAGCACUGGCGGAUGCAGGAUCAAGUAUAGAUGCCAAUGACAGAAGUUGAAUAUGGAUUUGUGAUAAUGCUAGUACCUUGUCAUUAGGUUACUUACUUCCUUUUCGUUCCUGGGGUUUUUCUUCUGAAUCAUGCUUUAGAAACUGUUGUGUUGUAAUAAGUACUCGCAAUCCUUAAAAAGAAAAACCCAUUGCUGGAACAAGAAUUCUAGUUGGCAAUGUGGGACUCUGGUACUUUAAUGCAAAAGAAUAGAAACUGUACGUCCUAAAUUAAAUUGGUGGCUGCUAGUCUGCUACCAUGAGAGCAGCAAAGAGGGGAACAUCAUUGAAUAAUGGUUUGCGCUGCAUAAAGGAGAAACGGUACUUAUAUUGAACUUUGUUUUGCAUUUAGGCGUUUGUAUUCAGAUAUAUUUGUUA